AUGGAGAUAGCCGCCACUAACACCGUCUCCGUCGCGCUGCAAACGCGCCUACUACUGUCAAACACCUUCUCCAAGAAGCUUUGUUCCGUCUCUUCUCUUCCAUUCCGUUCCAGCGAGAGAGAACAUCGCGUUGUGAGCGCUAGGCUUCGCGUGUCUGCGACCUCCUCAAUGGACGCCUCCCUCACUGCCGAGAAAAUAUCUCCGGCGAGUUUUCUCGACAAGAGAGAAUCGAAAAAAGUUGUCCAUUUCGUGAAGUAUCAUGGUCUCGGCAACGACUUCAUUCUGGUGGAUAACAGAGACUCAUCGGAACCUAAGAUCACUCAAGACCAGGCGGCGAAGCUCUGCGAUAGAAACUUCGGUGUUGGUGCUGAUGGAGUGAUUUUUGCAAUGCCGGGAGUCAAUGGCACAGAUUACUCCAUGAGGAUAUUUAAUUCAGAUGGAAGUGAACCAGAGAUGUGUGGUAAUGGAAUUCGAUGCUUUGCAAGGUUCAUUGCUGAGCUUGAGAACUUGCAAGGGAAACAUAGUUUUACAAUACAUACGGGAGCUGGCCUGAUUGUUCCAGAGAUUCAAGAUGACGGACAAGUUAAGGUUGACAUGGGCAUACCGAUUCUCAAAGCACAAGAUGUGCCCACUAAGUUGCCUGGGACCAAAGGUGAAGCUGUUAUUCAGGCAGAACUAGUUGUUGAUGGAGUGAACUGGAAUGUGACUUGUGUUAGUAUGGGCAAUCCUCACUGUAUCACAUUUGGUACAAAGCGUGGACCGAAUCUGAAGGUUGAUGAUUUGAACUUGCCAGAGAUCGGUCCAAAGUUUGAGCAUCAUGAAAUGUUUCCAGCUCGAACUAACACAGAGUUUGUGGAAGUCUUGUCACGUUCUCAUUUGAAAAUGCGUGUCUGGGAGCGCGGAGCAGGAGCAACUUUGGCAUGUGGAACUGGAGCUUGCGCUCUGGUUGUUGCAGCAGUCCUUGAAGGUCGAGCCAACAGGAAAUGCACGGUGGAUCUGCCGGGCGGACCACUGGAGAUAGAGUGGAGGCAGGAAGACAACCAUAUCUACAUGACGGGUCCUGCAGAAGCUGUCUUCUACGGAUCAGCACUGCUCUAAGGGUCAUUGACCUGUCUCUCACCGUUGUUGUUCUAAUCUAAACGUGCUAAGCUCUUCCCUCGCCUCCUUGAUCAUGUUUCAUGGAACUGAUUCAUGAAUAUUGUUUAUGUGCUUGUAUUAUUUUCAGAGUAAAGUCUCCAAACCUUCUAAAUGUUUGCGUUUUUUGUUCAAAAUUUUAAAUCAUUCACUCUC